GCACUUAAUUAGGUUAUACUAUAUAAAUUAAAACACGCUUAAAUAUGUUAGCAAUACCAGAAAUAGCCACACAGAUAAUUGAUAAAACUCUCGCAAACGUUAAUGAAAAUAAUUCACGGACCAUAUUUCUAGUUGGAAGCAAAUCUGUCGGAAAGACAACACUAAUACAUUCGUUUCUGGAGAAGAGCGACCCUCCACGUGAGACGCUAGUGGUGGAAUAUUCAUUUGGAAGAAAAUCAAAUCAAAAACAGGGUAUCGAUAAAAUUUUGAGCCACAUUUGGGAGUAUGGGGGCAAAUUGGAAACAUUGAAUAAUGUAUUGGAAUCUACACCUAUCCGUGGAAAAUAUUUUUUAUGCGUUAUGAUAGACCUUUGUAAAAUAAAAAACAUUUGGGAAACUUUAGAAACAUGUUUUCAAACGAUCAAAAAGGUAUAUUCAGCACCGGAGGCCUUACCAGAACUGAUAAUAAUUUGCGGGAAAUACGAUAUUUUUAAGAAUUACGAUAGCGAGGUUAAAAAAGUUGUAUGCACCACUUUGCGAAGCUUUGCGUUACUCAAUCAUGCGCACUUAUUGUUCUAUUCGUCGAAAGAACCACAACUCCUGAGGCGUGCCAAGGAUAUGCUGUUCAAUAUUGCUUUUGGAAACGGCAUUCCUAUAAAAGAGAAGAAUACGAACUACACGAAACCUUUAUCUAUACCUAAAGAUUCAGACAGCUGGGAAAGUAUUGGCGUUACGCCGUCAACAAUAGAACAAGUAAAAAUACGGCAUACAUCGCGGAUACCACCGAUUGCUGUGAGCAGUGACACAAAUACCGCGGGCAGUGUCCAGAAACACGCUCACCCAGAAGCGGCACUCGACUCUCUGAUAGACCUUAAGUAUAAUGAACUGCGCAAUAUGGAAUCACUUGACAUUUCCAUUGAUUAUCUGUUAUCGAUUAAUAAAUAAGAAAUAACAAAUAUAUACUGGGUAUUUACUAUUAUUCCCAAGUAAGAGGCUCUGGUUAUUGGA